AUGUAUAUUUCAAACAAGGAAAUAAAAAACUAUUUCCUAGCGAGAUAUCUGUUCCUGCUAUUUUUUAACCAGAAAGAGAGUUUUGAGGUAUUAAACACACGACUAGCUAAAAUGGCACUUAGUUUUCAAAGAUCACAUGAUCUCUGGACAGAGCAAGCUAGAUUUGAAGCUCAGAUUUGUCAUGAAUUGCGUUAUCAACAUGGAAAGGGUCCUUUUAAUAUCUUCAUACUGGAUACAUCUUCAUUUCUCGGGGAAGAAGGGUCCAUACAAUUAAAGGAAACGUUUACAACUAUAAUUGAUGAAUAUUCAAACCAUCCUGACAUUGACGAGAACGUAGCUGUCAUUGUUUGUGGACGACAUACUAAGUUUCUACGUCAUUAUUCUAACCAAUACCAAAAUAUCAAACGUUGUCUAGAUGACGUUGAGUUUGGGGGACCUUGCCCUCUAUCAGCAGCGUUUUUGUUAUUACGUGGAGUUCUUGGAAAUUUCAAACAUUAUUCACGAUCCAUUGGCGAUUUUCACGUUCACCAAAGAAUUAUUCUCAUUUCGAAUGGAAGGCCAACAGAUUAUAUAGAUAUUGAUUCUGAUUCCCCUCCUUUGACGGGAAGUAGUGAAGGAAUGACCCACUUGAUAAAAGUGACAGGAGGCAUUGGAAGAGUUAAUCCAAUUUUUUGUGUUCCUGUUGGAGGGAAUCCUGCUUUGAGUACAUUAGAGUUUCUUAGUGGCCAGUCACGGGGAGGAAAGGUGGUCUAUCCGGACAAAGCGAGGCAGCUUGCAAAAUGUUCACAGAAUCUGAAAACAGCUGCAAUGCUAUCGUUUACCAUAAAAUAUGACGGCGAAGACAGAGAAAGAAUUCUGACGUCAUUGGUGUGCACGUGUCCGCACAGAGUGUUUUCGGAAUUGGAUCAGAAUGACAUCAUUGAUUUGUGUAUGAGGAAGCCUUUGUUUUGCUCGAUGGAUGUUAUAAUCAAGGAGAUUGAAGAUGAUCAGGAGCUCUAUAUUGAAAGAGAUCUCCGUAUGCCCCCGUUGGGUUCAAGGGUUAAAAGAGGACGUGAUUGGCAGUGGGGUGACCAAGAUAUGUUUGGUCCUGGAACAGUUGUUGGACAUUCUAAAGAUGUCGGCUGGUUGAGGAUAGCAUGGGACAAAAAUAAGGCCAUAUAUCCAUACAGAUACGGAUCUAACCCUUACGAAAAUGAUAAAUAUGAUGUUAUGAUUUGCGAUGAACCUAGAAUACUGGAAGGUGAACUCAUUGCUCCGGGUUGUUUAGUCACUCGAGGACCGGAUUGGGAAUGGGGUAACCAAGAUGGUGGUGCUAAAAGCAUUGGAACAGUUCUUAGAGUAGAUGAUAAUGGAGUGGUUCUUGUAUAUUGGAAACAUGGCAGUUGUCACCAAUAUAGAUAUGGAUACGACGAUAAGAUUGAUCUACAACUUUGUGAUCCAUUUUCACCGGAAAGCGUCAGAUUUCUUAAAACUUCAAUGUUAUCAGUUGAAGAAAAAUAUCCUGGAGGAACCAAUGUAUCUAGUGAGGAAGAGUUUGAGAAUACACAUUGUCUCUCAAAUGAUAAAAAUGAGGAAGCUGCAGCGCCCACUUCAGUGGAUUCAACCGUAAGGCCAACUAGUAUCUUACAAGUCACAAAAGGGAAGUACUUCAAAAAUAGUAUAAAAGAGACUAUUCGAACACCGGAUAUUGAAACAGAUGGCCCAAAUUUUUCAACAGUCAAUCAGUGGUGGUGGAGAGAUAGUGAAGGAAUAUGGAAUCCGCACUCGAAGGAAGCAAAUUCCAAAAUAAAUAAAUGUUACAAACGUGAUCCGAAAUCAACAGUUGUUGUCAUGAUCAAGGAUCAGACUUACAGGGUUGUGAUGGCAAAGAAUAUACAGAUAAACCUGACAACAAGAGAUUACUCUGAUGUUAAAUUGGCGAAAGAAGGCGAUUUUCCAUAGACAUCACACCCUUAGAUUACAGACCGCUAUAUAUUUUGUAGAAGAUGCUUUUAAGAGAAACUUAUGGAAUAGAUAAUUAUAUUAAUUCAUUCAGAACAAU